UCUCUCUCUCUCUCUCUCUCUCUCUCUCUUCCGUCGAACCCUCCACCGUCUCGAAAACUACAACUUAUGGCAGCUCCGGUGGCUGAAGAAGACAGCUUCGCCGUAGGAUAUUCCGAUCCUCCUCUUGCAAAAAACUACUUGUCUAAACGGAAAAAGUCGAAGCCGAUUAGAUUUGAGGUCCUUCCGACUGAAGUAGAGACGGAACGUCAUCCUCCGAAGAUUAAGAUCGUAGUAAACAAUACUUCAAUCCCAUCUUUGAGUUUGAAGAAAAGAAAGUCUCCUACUAAACGCUCCAAAUCUCCAACUCCAUCAACACCUGCAAUGAUUCUUGCAGAGGAGUUUCAAUCAAGCCUUGGAACCGAGUUUCCCAGCUGUAUGAAGCUGAUGAUUAGAACAACUGUCACCUAUGGUUUUUGGAUGGGCCUUCCAUUACCAUUCUGCAGAUCAUUUCUACCAAAACAAGACUGUAUGAUGGUACUUGAAGAUGAAAUUGGGGAGAAAUGGGAAGUCAAAUAUAUCGCAAACAAAAAUGGGCUUAGUGCAGGGUGGAAAAUUUUUGUGGUUGCACAUGACUUGAUUGAAGGAGAUGUUUUGGUCUUUCAUUUAAUCGAAACUUACAAAUUGAAGAUUUACAUAAUAAAAGCAAGUGAACCCAAUGAAGUUGAUGGUGCUAUUGGCCUUUUGAAUUUGGAGCCCCAAAAAAAUGAAACCGAAAUCCCCCCAGAUACUCCACCACCUAAAACAAAGAAACACAAACACGUGGAGGUCCUGGACCCACUUCCUAUAAACAUGGUAAAAAAGAAGCAAAAAAAGUCAACCCUAGUCAAACCAAUUGAAGUUCUAGAACAUUCCGGAACCAACAGUGAAGAAAUCGGGUCAGAAGUUCUAGAACCUUUCACAUCCGCACCAAUCCAAGACCUAAAAUCCUUGGACCACUUCCGCAUAAAAGUCAACGGUCAAUGCAUUGACUCAGAGCUUCCGGAAGAAGUCAAACUCGGUUACUACAAACUUUGCAUUCACAAAAAACAAAUCCUUCAUGAUUGCAUUCGCGAGAAUAUUUAUGAUAAACUUGUGGUGGGAAUGAUUGGGGAGACUGUAACAAUUGCAAAAGAGAUCAAGAACUGCAAGCUCACGAUAAGUAAGGAGGAGCUCGAAGCGUGGGAUAAUUCCUUGAAGUCUUUUGAGAUUUUGGGGAUGAAAGUUGGGUUUUUGAGGGAGAAAAUACGGACGCUUGUGGGGCUUCUUUUUGAGUCGGAAUUUGGGGUGGAUGUGAAAAGAUAUGUGGAGGCGAAAAAAGAAGAGAAGGGAAUUCAAGAUGAGAUAAUGAGAGUUAAAGGGAAGCUUUUGGAGUUGAAGAUUAAGGCGAGGAAUUUUGAAGGGGAGUUGGCGGGGUUGAAAGAUAAGGCAGAGAAGUAUAUGAUGGAGUUUCGGGAUGAGGUUGAUGUGCCGUGGUAGGGUGGGGUAGGGGGGAGGGUAUUUUAGGGAUUUUAGGUAUGUUUGUUUGUUGUAAAAGUGUUGACUUAAUUUAACUUGUAGAUUGUAACUUUUUAGAUUGUAAAAGGUGGGAUGACUUGUGGAUGAAUGUACGCGGUUGUUAUUUAUGAUGAUGGGAAGGGUAUUUUCGUCUUUUAAUUAUGUUGUUUUGUAGUAGAAAAUCGUUUUUGGAGUGUUGAAAUUGUGAUAUGUGGUUG